GCUAAAGAAAAUUACAUAAAUAGGCUCCUUAUUUUAGUAAUCCCCUCCUCCUCUUUCCUUUACGAGUCUCUCAGUUUCAGAGCUCAAAAAAAUAAGCUCACCUCUCAACCCGGCUUCCUCGACGACUACCGAAAAAAAUCUGCUGAUUCUAUUCUUUGUCCAUGGAAAAAGUGAAUACUUGAAUGAAUAUUUAUUCUUUUGAGGAAUUUUAGUUGUGAUCGAGAUCGGAGGAAAAAAAUGCGGGUGAAGGAAAUGCAUCCGCUGUGUUGUAUAUCUUUGGAGAGUCCCGGCAUCGGCGACCAGUCACCGGAGGUUUCUUUGACUCGAGCGAGGAGCAUGCCAGCGGGGAGUUUAUCCGGAUCUGAAACAGGCAAUGCGUCGAGGUUGACGACGGGAGGAUCCGAAAGCACUGUUGCCGGAAUUCUCUACAAGUGGACUAAUUACGGCAAAGGAUGGAGAUCCAGGUGGUUUUUGCUUCGUAACGGAGUGUUAUCUUACUCGAAGAUUCGCCGUCCGGAGACUCUAAACCUCCUCUCUCCGACUGAUGACGUCAGAUUGAUCGGUGAUAUCUCAACCAAUCGUCUUUCGAGGAUGGACAGUUGUAGCGGUAGACGGAAACACCAGAAAACCGUUGGCAUUGUUCAUUUAAAGCAGAUCUCGUCAUUCCGGGAGAGCAAAUCUGAUGACAGACGGUUUUACAUUUUCACUGCUACAAAGACCCUUCAUUUGAGAACUGAUUCAAAGAGAGAUCGGAUUGCUUGGAUCCAAGCUUUGGUGUCAACCAGGAGCCUCUUUCCGCUGAGAUCACUAAAUGAUAACCUCCCCCUUGUACCCCGUGAUUUGUCUAUAUCAACUGAUAAGCUCAAGAAACGGUUGCAUGAGGAGGGAAUCAGUGAUAAUCUUGUGAAGGAUUGCGAGCAGAUUAUGCUCUCAGAGUUCUCGGAGAUACAAGGACAACUGAAAGUUCUUUGUGAAGAAAGAUCUAAUUUGCUUGAUACGUUAAGGCAGUUGGAGGCAGCUAAUAUUGAAGCUGAAACCUCUGGAAUUCAUGAUGGCGAUUUCCAACUGACGAAGCAUGAAUAUUCUGGUAUUGGGCGUGGAAAGUAUAGUGAAUGCAGCACGACUGAAUCAUCUGAUGAUAUUGAGAAACAAGAGCUUGAGGAAGUGUCUGAUGAAGAUGAAACCUCCUUUCAUGACACAAAAGAGUAUUUUACCGAACCCACUGUUAGUUGUGGAUCUGUAAGAGGGGCAGCUGAACAUGCAGAAAAUCAGAAAGAAACUGAAAAACAAUUUGAUAAUGUGGAAAAGAUGCAUGCUGAUAAAGGAGAUUGUGAUUCCAGAUAUCCUCAAAUUGAAAGACGGAAAAAGCUUCCUGAUCCAGUUGAAAAAGAGAAAGGCGUUAGCCUUUGGUCUAUGAUCAAAGACAAUGUGGGAAAGGAUCUCACUCGAGUUUGUCUGCCUGUUUACUUUAAUGAACCAAUAUCAUCCCUUCAGAAAUGCUUUGAGGACCUAGAGUAUUCUUAUCUUUUGGACCGAGCAUACAAGUAUGGAAAAGAAGGGAACAGUCUCCAGCGGAUUCUAAAUGUUGCUGCAUUUGCUGUUUCUGGGUAUGCUUCUUCUGAAGGCCGACACUGCAAGCCCUUCAAUCCUUUACUAGGAGAAACUUAUGAAGCUGACUAUCCUGACAAAGGAGUUCGUUUCUUCUCUGAGAAGGUUAGUCACCACCCAACCCUUAUUGCCUGUCACUGUGAAGGUAAAGGAUGGAAAUUCUGGGGUGACAGCAACCUCCGCACAAAGUUUUGGGGCCGGUCAAUUCAGCUUGACCCUGUUGGAGUUCUGACUCUUGAGUUUGAUGAUGGUGAAAUAUUUCAGUGGAGCAAGGUAACAACAACUAUUUAUAAUCUUAUCCUUGGUAAAGUGUAUUGUGAUCACCAUGGAUUGAUGCAAAUUCGUGGGAAUCGUGAAUAUUCAUGCAAGCUCAAAUUCAAGGAGCAGUCUAUUCUUGACAGGAACCCUCGCCAGGUCCAUGGGUUUGUUGAAGACCUUUCGUGUAAAAAGGUUGCAACAUUAAUUGGCAAAUGGGAUGACAGCAUGUAUUAUGUCAGCGGUGAUGGAAGUGCCAAGCCAAAGGACUGCAAUCCUUCAUCAAAUUCGUCCUUGCUAUGGAAGAGGAACAAGCCUCCUCCUAAUUUGACUCGCUACAACUUAACGUCAUUUGCAAUUACACUAAAUGAGCUAACACCAGGAUUGCAGAUUAAGGAGAAGCUCCCACCUACGGAUUCCAGGCUUAGACCAGACCAACGACAUUUGGAAAAUGGGGAAUAUGAGAGAGCAAAUGCAGAGAAACAGCGGUUGGAAAGGAGGCAGAGAAUGUCAAGGAAACUACAAGAAAAUGGGUGGAAUCCUAGAUGGUUCGAGAAAGAAGGUGAAAAUGGAUCCUUCCGCUAUGUGGGCGGUUAUUGGGAAGCAAGAGAACAGGGGAAAUGGGAUGGAUGUCCAAAUAUAUUUGGUGAAUUCAACGAAGAACUUGUUGAUUCCACUGAACGACGGUGACUUCAAUUUUAGAAUGGACAAACAUUGGAGACAAUCAUGGAGCAAAAUUGAGAAAUGAAGAGUUUUAAGUAGCUUUGAUUUCUGAUUGCCAUUCAUUCUAUCUGUUGGCAAAGAUCGCAGACCAAUAUUCACAUGGUCGUCCCAAGAGACAUCUAUGUGAAGAAUUUGAUCUUUCAGUCAGUAGAUAAUGGAUAGGUCAGAGCCUAAAUUUUUCUGUAACAUUCUCUAGUGUGGGAAUUGUUUGUGUAACGUAAUCUCUCCAUAGUUCAUUUAUUCUAGCUCCCUUCAACUGAAUUAGCCGAUCGGGCUGACAAUUUCAUUUCAUAAUUAUUUGUAUUUUCUUCCAAGGAAUAAAUCAAAAGAAAAGGAUAAAAAAGAAAGGAAAAAAGAAGAAGAAGAAGAAGCGCAUUCUUGCCAUCAGCCAAACAUGGGAUUGCUAUGAUGGUGUUGUAUAAUA